UCGUUGCUGCGGCAACACGCAGCGCCUGUGCGCAGCCGGGGGCCCGACAUAAUGGGAGUGCGGCAGCGUCUCGACGCCAUCGCCGCAGCGCCGCGAGCGCGGGCGUGCCUAGUCCUGGCGUGCUGUCUCAUCAGAUGCUGCCCCAUGGGCUCCCGCUGGAGCCCCAGCGGCAGAGCCGCGCGCUGGGGUCACGAUAGACAGCGCAGCCGCCGCGCGCGGUGGGCCGCGACGUCGCGGGCUUUCGCCGGGCGCAGACGAUGGACGCGGCUCGUCGACGCGCACAUCGAUAACACGCGGCCGCGGCUUGAUUCUGACAGCCAGGCCGCGGUUGCUGUGUUUUAUUGUGAUGUCGUUUCCGUAAAUGCCGUUCUCGCCGAACUUCGCUCGCCUUGCUCGAAAAACGAAAAAAACCCGCUCCAAAAGGCCAAGCUGCCAAGCCUGUGCCCCUUGCUGCUACAGCCCCAAUUUGUGCUGCGACGCCGCGUAAACUCGUUGCACAGUUGGAAUAGCUCACUGCGCGCGAUCGCAAGCGAACGCGUCCACCAGUACGACCAGUGCGCUUCAUUUGCUGCUGUGCAGCUAUUUGCUGUUAGUGCCUUGAUUUCGUGCGCUCGCGGACACUGCACGUCAUUCGGUCUCUCAACCGCCGCUUCGGUACACUGCUACGCCGCCCGUUGCCGCUGCGUUACUCUCGCGCCGAUUGGAGUCCGAGACGCCUCUCGAGGCCGCCACGACGCUCGAAAACACCUUCAGACGCACGCAUCCGUCGACGCCGGCAGCAUGCCGGCGGGCAAGAAGCGCGGCUCGCAGCUGCCGGUGGCAUGCUGAGUCCGGAGAAUAGAACAAAAAAUGAACGAAGCAUCGAGCUGCAGCGCAAGGCGAUUGCGGACGAGUACGGCGGGCCGACGGAGCUGCUGCCCCGCGGGCACCAGGGCUUCUUAGCGAGCAUCGACGCGUCGAACGUCGACGACGUGCCGCUCGCGGGCCUCGCGCAAGAAGAUUUGAAGGACCUCGGUCCGGGCGACGGCGGGCGCGGCACGAACCGCACGGCCGUGAGGCAGCGUCUCAGGGACCGGCUCGCGCGCGCCGCGCAGCCGGACGAAGCCGGCGCCAAGGAAGAGAAGCGCGCCAAGUUACGGGAGGACGGCAAGCUCGACCUCGAGUUCAAGAGCCUCGACGACCUGGGGCGGAAGGUCAAGUGGCGCGAGGCGCUCGUGGAUCCGGACUCGUUCGAGUUGAGGAUCGGCAAGACCGACUUCCUCGCGCGCACCGGCGGCAUUGGUGGAAAUUACUGGAAGGCACUCAGUAGGGAGCGGGCCGACGCGAUGGUCGCGAAGGCCAAGGCGAGCGGCGAAUUGUGGAGAUCGGACCGCGAUUGUACUCACGCGGCGUCCUAGAAUUACGGUCGUUGAAGCAUCGCGUCGACCUCCGCGCCAUCGACGCGACGUCCGCUCGACUGCGUGGCCCUCGUCCACUGGUCGACGUCCCCGCAGGCACGCCGACGGACUUCUAUCAUCCAGAUGACGACAAGAACAAGCACGACGGCCUGGUGCCCUUCGGCAACCCCGACGGCGUGAAGAGCCAUUACUGGGGCUGGGGCGACGCCGACUGCGAGGCCAUCUUCGAGGUCUUGUUGGAGAAGAUGUCCAAGGAAGAUUGGGCCCUGUUCGGGACCGAGUUCAUCAAAAUCGCCUGGACGGACGGCAUGUCGCGGGAGACGAAGCUGCGGGGCCUCAUGCGCACCCUGAGUCGGUGUCUGACGGUCGCCGCGGAGACGACGCGCGUGCACAUUAUGAUCGUGUGCUUCCGAGUCCGAACUCUUCAGCCUGAAACGGUAGCGGCGCGUCGACCUUCACGCCAUCGACGCGACGCGUUCACGCUGACGGUUCUCCGCGCAGGCCAAGGAGAAGCUCGAGGCCGAGCUGCGGAAGGAGCGCGACGAGAAGCUCGCCGCCGAAGCGUCGGCGCGGCGCGUGCCGCUCGGCGACGUGAACGCCGUCGCCGCGUCGGCCGCGGCGACCUGCGGCGACGCGCGCGGCGCGCUGCCCGUCGACGACGUCGCGUCGGCCGGCGCCGCUUUAGAUGGUGAUGUGGAGAUGCGCGCCGUGCAGCCCGCGGCGCCGCGCGUCGUCGCGGCUUCGGCGUUUGGCGGUGCUGCGGGCGGCGACGUGCCGCCCGAGAAGCCCCGCGCCGAUCUACUCGAUGGUGCCCGCACGCUCGACGCUUUAGAUGAUCCGACGGCGGGCGCCUCUGACGACGCGUUGCGCUCGUUGCCGUCGCGCGGGCUCCGCGCGCUUGCUGCUUCGGACGCCUCGGCGUCUUCUCAGCGCGGCGCGCCUGUCGCUUCGUUAGAUGGGCCUUCCCUGGAUCGCGGUGCGGCUGAAUCGGCGGCCUUCAGCGGCUCGGACGCGCCCAUGCCUCCACUGCGACGCGCCGACGACGAUGAUGAUGAUGAUGUCGACGACCCCCUCACGGCGGCGGUGCGCAACGCCGGGGCGAAGCCCAAGACUCCAGAGGCUCGGAAGGCCCUGAACGAUCUACCGCCGGGGAAGACGCCUUCGAGCUGCCUCGCGGCCCUGUUACUGCGCUUCAAUUUAUUUGCGGUCAUCAAGGGGACGUGCACGGUCGGCGGGGGUUCUAUGAUUGACGAUUUGGAGGAGUUAGACCAGGAGAAGCGGAAGGAGACGGGUAGUAGAAACCCUGCUCGGUGGUACAUCUACAAGAUCCUCUUGUUCGCGGCGCAGAUGGCUCUCAUCUUCGGGGACGUCUGCUUCGGUGACACUGGCAUCAGCAUCUUCCGGUGCGUCUUCGGCCGCUACGCCCUCGCAAAAUUCUUAUGGUUGGGCAGAAAGACGAUGCUGGACGCGAUGAAGAUGCGGCUGCCGCUGCUCUGGGUUCCUUUGGAGAUACGCCCCGAGGACCUGCACCUGCUGCCGUCGUGGGUCCGCGUCGUGUUCCCGCGGGGCCUGCGCUUCGAGUCGACCGCGGUGAUCAAGGAGCUCCUGCAGCGGUCGAACGGCUUGUUCUUCGACUGCAAGUGCUUGCUCUGGAACGCCACCUGCGCCGGCCUCGUCGGCACCACCGCCGUGGUCCCGGCGUUCGCGCUCACCGUGGCCGGCGUCGACCCCGGCUCCCUCGUCGCGACGCGCGACGCGACGCGCUCGCGGGCGGUCGUGCGGUCUUCGGCGGCGGGCGGCUCUUCUGAUGCGGUGUCGUCGCUCUUUUCGGCGGGCGUCGACUACGCGGCCAUCGAUUUCUCCUCGUUCCCGACGUGCGCGCGGCGCGGCUCGGCGCUCCUGUCUUCGCAGCUCGGGUCCCCACUCUCGGUGUCGGUGCCUUACUUCUACAUCCGCUUCCACAAGCCGAACUCUUCGAAGCUCACGGACUGGUUCCUCGUCGACGACUUCGCGACGGUCAUGCCGGAGCUCAAUCGCAAGUACUGGGACCCCGUGCCCGACUGGGUCUUCGAGUCCAAGACGCUGCGCGCGCUAGCGGCCGGCGCGGCGCUGAUCUUCCGCGGGAUGGACAUCCGCGAGGUCGCGCCGGGGCCUUCUUCGCUCCUGGAGGUCUUCGAUCCGACGGUCGAGUGCCGACACAACCACACCUACACGAUCUGGGCCGGCGUCGACUUCGUCAUCUUGCUGCCGGACGGCCGCGUGCUCGACAAGCGGCUCUUCCUCCUCGAGCUCCUCAAGGCGCACGCCGCCUGA